GUCCUAAGUCAGCCAUUAUUUUUCUUUUCGGACCACGAGUAUCUUCCCCGGCUGUCUUGGUUUCACACCCGUAAACCAUUCGUCUCUGCUUCUUCUUCUUCUUCAUUGGCCUAUAUAAACCCCCACAUGCAUAGUUUCGCUUCUGUGAUUCUCUCAACUCUUCCCCACAAUCGAAAUUAAAAACGUCCCAUUCCCAGGAAUUUAGUAUGGCGAAGAUGGUUACUCUGUUCUUGAUGAUCUCUCUCCUCCUCUGCUCAUUUUCAGCCUUCGGCGGGCGGCCUGAACCGGGCUUUCCUCAAGAAAACACCAUGACAUCUCACCAUGAGAGGUUUGAGGCAGAGCACGUUGAGGGGGUUGAAGAGAGCUGCGAAGGAGUUGGCGAGGAGGAGUGCUUGACGAGGAGGACUCUCGCUGCUCACCUCGAUUAUAUUUACACUCAAAAGCAGAAACCUUGAAAACAAUAGUUGGAUUUAUGUGGAAUAUAUGUAAUACGUUGGUACAUAUUAAGAAAAUCAUCGUCUUCAUCAAGUAAUUGGCCCCUGUUUAGCUGAAAUCUUUGUGUUGCUAUUCUUCAGUGAUCUUCUCGUGUUUCGUUGUGUUUGGUGCAAUUAUGGGAUCAGUUCUAUGAAUUUAGCGUUCGACUUC